AUGAAAACCAUUGUCGUUUUACUCGCCGUUGCGGCAAUCGGAUUCUCCGAAAUCAUCUUCAAGGAAGAAUUCAAUGAUGAUUCAUGGGAGAAGAGAUGGAUCCAAUCUAAGCACAAGGAUGACUACGGAAAGUUCGAGUUGAGCGCUGGAAAGUUCUUCGGUGACAAGAAGAGAGAUCAAGGAAUCAAGACUUCCCAAGAUGCCAAGUUCUACUCUCGCGCUGCUGCUUUCCCUAAGGCUUUCUCCAACAAAGGAAAGAGCAUCGUCAUCCAAUUCACUGUCAAGCACGAACAAGGAAUUGACUGCGGAGGAGGAUACGUAAAGGUUAUGCGUUCCGACGCCGAUCUUGCUGACUUCCACGGAGAAACUCCAUACAAUGUUAUGUUCGGACCUGAUAUCUGUGGACCAACCAAGAGAGUUCAUGUUAUCUUCUCCUACAAGGGAAAGAACCACUUGAUCAAGAAGGACAUCAGAUGCAAGGAUGAUGAACUCACUCAUUUGUACACUCUUAUCCUCAACCCCGAUAACACUUAUGAAGUCCAAAUCGAUGGAGAAAAGGUUGAAGGAGGAGAAUUGGAAUCUGACUGGGACCUUCUCCCAGCUAAGAAGAUCAAGGAUCCCGAUGCAAAGAAGCCUGAAGAUUGGGAUGAGCGUGAGUACAUCGAUGACCCAGAAGACAGCAAGCCAGAAGAUUGGGAUAAGCCAGAACACAUCCCUGACCCAGAUGCCAAGAAGCCCGACGAUUGGGAUGAUGAGAUGGACGGAGAAUGGGAACCACCAAUGAUCGAUAACCCAGAAUACAAGGGAGAAUGGAAGCCAAAGCAAAUCAAGAACCCAGAAUACAAGGGAAAAUGGAUUCACCCAGAAAUCGACAACCCAGAGUACCAACCUGAUGAUGACCUCUACCUUUACGAAAACUGGGGAGCUAUCGGUUUUGAUCUCUGGCAAGUUAAGGCCGGAACCAUCUUCGAUAACGUUUUGGUUGCCGACUCCGUUGAAGAAGCCCAAGCUCACGCUGCCGAAACCUUCGAUAAGUUGAAGGCUGCUGAGAAGGAACUCAAGGAGAAGGCUGACGAAGAAGCUCGCAAGAAGCUUGAAGAAGAAGAGAAGAAGAGAAAGGAGGAGGAAGAAUCUAAGAAAGAUAAGGAAGAUGAUGAAGAGGAAGAAUCCGAGGAAGGACACGAUGAACUUUAA